AAAAACAAUAUCUCUCUCUCUCUCUCUCUCUCUCUCUCUCUCUCUCUCGUUAUUGAAAAUCAUCAUACGGGGAAAGAGCAAAAUAUAAGAUGGAGGUGAAAUCGAGGUUCAAACGUAUUUGUGUAUUCUGCGGAAGUAGCGUCGGAAAAAACCUAAGUUACCAGCUUGCGGCUAUUCAACUCGGAAAGCUAUUGGUGGAGAGGAAUAUCGACUUGGUUUACGGAGGAGGAAGCAUCGGGCUGAUGGGUUUGGUCUCCCGGGCUGUCUACAGUGGUGGUCGCCACGUGUUGGGGGUAAUUCCAAAGACUCUAAUGCCCAGAGAGAUUACCGGAGAGACAGUGGGUGAGGUGAGGCCUGUGUCCGAUAUGCACCAACGCAAAGCCGAAAUGGCUCGUCAAGCUGAUGCCUUCAUUGCCCUGCCAGGCGGCUACGGGACUUUAGAAGAACUCCUGGAAGUUAUCACCUGGGCCCAGCUUGGAAUCCACCAAAAACCCGUAGGAUUAUUGAACGUUGAUGGAUAUUAUGAUUCAUUACUAUCGUUCAUAGACAAAGCAGUAGACGAAGGAUUCGUAGCCCCUGCUGCUCGCCACAUUAUCAUAUCUGCAAGUACUGCUCAUGAACUUAUGUGCAAGCUUGAGGAGUACGUUCCCGAAACCGAUGUGGGGCCCAAACUAAGCUGGGAGAUGGAACAGCAGUUGGGUUAUAAUUCGACCAAGUCAGACAUGUAUCGUUGACUUUAUCCUAAAAUCAAGACCGUACACACCAUGGAAUGAUCGUGAAAUAUUGACCGUUAGAUCGUAAUAUACAAAAAGUGUAGAUAAUUAUUGAAAACAAUUUUAAAAAAAUGUCUUUGUUCACUUCCCACUCAAGCUGUCACUUUCAUCCUUAGCUGUAAUUGUGAAUUUCGUUAUAUAUAUAUAUUUUAUUUAUUU